AUGUCCGAUAACGAUGCCUCAUCAAAUUCUCCCGAAAGAUCCUCCAGCUCAGCUUCAGAAGAUGAAAGUGAACCAGAGGAGCAGGUGGAGUCACUCAUUAUCGGACGCGCCAAGCGGGCCACAGCAGGCAAUCGCCUUUCCUCGCUCGUGGACAAGGAACAAGACGAUGAGAUCGAGCUCCUGUUUGCGGAGAAUGAGCAGGAAGAAGACGAUUCAUUUGACGAGGCCGAGGACGAUGCUUCGGAUGCCAACCUGGACUCCUCCUCGGAUGAAGAGGACAAGGAAGGGGCGACAGGAAACGAUGAGUUAGCUGGAGAGGAAGAGUUGCAGAAACGAGAUCAGCAGGAGAGGAGAAAGCGGAAGGCAAAGGAAAUGUCAAAAUUGCCUGGGAUGAGGCGAAAGAAGGUCAAGAUUGAUCCCACGGCCGUCAGCACUCCCGCUCCAUCACAACCUCGUGCAAAAAGAACCGACGCACCCACUCGAGUAUCGUCCCGAAAACAGACGGUCCAGAACAGAGAAGUCGUGCAUCAACGGCUCGUCGUCAGCGAAAAGCAACGCGUAAAAGUCAUGCGGCAGAUGGAGGUGGCCCAGAAACGGAAAGACGCCUCGCGACCAAAGGCUUUGUCGCAAGCGCAGCGACUAGAAGAGGCAGCGAGGAUGGAACGCAAGAAUGCACAGAGUCUCAAUCGGUGGGAGGAAUCGGAGAAGAAACGACUUGCAGAACAAAAGGCUAAACUUGAAGCACUGCACAGCCGACAAUUGACGGGUCCAGUCGUCUCAUGGUGGAGUGGCUUAACGCGCUGGGUCAAUGGCAAGAUCACACAACUUGGAGUGAAAGACACCAGGGAGUCGGGUUGUGACGAGCAGCCUGCUAAUUCGCAGCAACAUAACGACCAGAUAUCUACAUCCGGUCUUGACCAAAACAACACGGUGGGUGUACCUGCGAGCGUGUCGUUUCCCCAGACAUCCCCACAGCAAGCCCAAAUAGCAUAUUCUCAGCCGGAGCAAUUUGCUCCGCCCCAAGGCCCACUUGGUUUCUUGGAUGGCAUACAUGCCUACGCAGCCUUACCAGUACAUCAGCAGCGAGAUGCGUUUACCAGAUCGGCCAACGGCGACACGUCGAUGCCGUUUCCACCCACGACACAAGAAACGCCCAUGAAAGAAGAAUACGCGAGCCGAUGCCUAGUGAUCCUGAAGAAUGUCGACUCCAGUGCUCAGAAAUUAGCGGAGAUACAAAACAGCGUGCUGGUCAAGAAACACAAGACUAAACUUCAAAAGACGUCACCCGAACCUUGCGCUAUCACAGGACAGGCGGCCAAAUUUCGAGAGCCUAGAACAGGCUUGCCGUACGCCAAUCCCUACGCCUACAAGGAGAUCCAGCGGCUUCGGAAGGGAGAGGCCCGAUGGAGCAAUCUGCUCGACAGCUACGUCGGGACCAAGCAGACGGUAGCGAGAGGGGUUCCGGAGCGAUUCCGGGGACCGGCUUCAAGAGGCUAA